AUGGCCGAGCUGGCGGCGGCAGCGGAGGGGCCGCCGCGGGGCCGCACGCCUAGUCCGGGUCCCGGGGCGCCGGGGCCGCCCAGCCCCCGCGCGGCCGGAGCGGCGGCGGGUUCUGGCGGGGCGCUGUCCCCACCCGGCGCGGCCCGGCCGCCCGCCGCCUCCAAGUGGGUGCGCCUGAACGUGGGCGGCACGUACUUCGUGAGCACCCGGCAGACGCUGUGCCGGGAGCCCAAGUCCUUCCUGUGCCGCCUCUGCUGCCAGGACGGGCCCGAGCUCGGCUCCGACAAGGAUGAGACAGGGGCGUAUCUCAUCGACAGAGACCCCACCUAUUUUGGUCCAAUACUGAACUACCUCCGACAUGGGAAGCUCAUCAUAAACAAGGAGCUUGCAGAAGAAGGGGUACUGGAAGAAGCCGAGUUUUACAAUAUUGCAUCUCUUGUGCGGCUGGUGAAGGAGCGGAUACGGGACAACGAGAACAGAACCUCUCAAGGACCUGUGAAGCAUGUGUACAGAGUCCUGCAGUGCCAAGAGGAAGAGCUCACGCAGAUGGUGUCCACUAUGUCUGAUGGGUGGAAAUUCGAACAGCUGAUCAGCAUUGGAUCUUCUUAUAACUACGGAAACGAAGACCAGGCAGAAUUCCUCUGUGUUGUGUCCAGGGAGCUCAACAAUUCUACCAAUGGCAUUGUCAAGGAGCCGAGCGAGAAGGCAAAGAUUCUUCAAGAGCGAGGAUCCCGGAUGUAAUUCAAGUGUCCACUCCGUUAAAACUCCCAGAUGUCAAAAGGGCAGUCUAGCUGGGCAGAGCAUCUCUCCGCAGUGCAACCUUGCCCUUGUACAGUAACCAAGCUAAUGCAAAGCAAAGCCGAGCCUGUCCUGCCAAUGGCGAAUAAUUCUGGUCAUAACCAAAGGCUUCCCUCUUACCCUGGAAACCAAGGAAGGAAAAGACUUCCAGCUGGAUAGUCCUUUCCACAAGUAUUUGUUUUAUUUUCUUGGCCAGCACUGUAUUGAAUUUUUCCAACAAUGGCUGGGCCGGAUUCCCAGUCGGAGCCUUUGCGAAGGUUGCUCAGGUCCACAGGCCCUUGCAAUCAGUCCCACCUUCCACAGGCUGGCGUAGGUGGGAAGAUCUGUAUUUGAGCUGUGCCAUUUCUUGCACCCAGGUCUGCCACCAGAAAGUGCAGGGACCUUGCGAUGCUCCCCCUCCUGACCAGCCAGCCCCCCCAAAUCAGAAGAUCAGGGCUUUAAAAGGAGGAACAAAACAGCCACUUGUAAAAAAACACCACACAGACUUCUCCAUUCUUGCUUUGUAUUUGUUCCUUGUUCCAAUUCCUAAAAGCUGAGUUUAGAUACUAAGGGGAGGGGAGUUGUGUGUACAUCUAACACGGGUCUCGCUGUUAACGCUAUUACACACGGGCUCCUGGCAUUUUCCGAAGCCCAUUACUUCGCAUGCAUAAACAAAGAGACCUGUGUUCACCCAGAAGAGCGAUAGAGUGAUAGUUCUGUCCUUUACACUUCUCGACUGAAGAGGAGUGGUGACAUCUUCCCCUCCAAUACCCUGCCACGGCCAUAUCUUAGCCUGGUGCAAAGUCACAAGGUUAGGGACUUGUUGCUGCCAAGUUCAGCUUUGCCUUGUUUGUCUCCAGCAGCGUGGGCUCUCUGUCUCCUUCCUUCUCACCAAGGGAGGACUUCAGGCAGAAUUUCUUUUGUACUGUAGCAAGCAGGUAGGUUUGUUUUAACCCAUGAGAUCCUUUGCGGAAGAGAUCCCCUAUUUAGAUGCAAGGAUUUAUCUGCAGCCCCCUUAUGUCCCCACCUUUAAGCGAUCACCUCAAAUUACAGAGGGGCAUCACAGAGUUGGGGUGGGGGGGUUGGUGAAAAGUUGCCAAACUGUUGUAAUGUUUCUUGUCCAAAGUGAUGUGUCGACUUCUGUGACUUUUCUUUCUUUUUUUUUUUUUUUUGGAAUGCCUUGGAUGGGUGUGCAAAAUGUUUGUUUGUGCCUCUCUUGAAUUCUAAUCUUAGCCAAACUGCAGUCACUGGUUCCCCUCUGUUAAUCUGUGCCAUCCCUAACCAAGGGCAUGUCCCUCCUAGGCUGGUAAAUGGAAUUUCUUAGGAAUUUGCUGCAUGUUUUUCCCUUUACAUCCUGGCUUUGUUCUUUGUAGCCUAAGUGUCCAGGCACUUGGGUCUUUUUGAGUCAAGUCCCAAACUGACAUUAAACGCAAAGCUUCAGAGAUGCUGGAAUUCACAGACAUUGACAAGCUCAGAGCAGAUGUUUCUCACUAAGGUAUCAGAAAAUUCCUCACCUGGACUGAGGAGUUGGGCUCCUUUCUGGAGGACUUCAGCUACCUGUGGUCUCCUUAAAGUUUUGAGAUAGAAUUAGGCAGGUUUCCCAUCUUAUCACUUGUUGCUGACAGGGCCUCGCAGCAGCGUUACCAACGGUCCAACAACCAGUUGAGCAAACAAGACGUGCAGCAAAGACACUGAGUGACACCGCCGCACUCUCUGCCUCUUUUCAGUCCUUCUGUACGUACUUGCCUGUCCUCUCCCAUCCUGCUUUGCCAACGUACCUCCUCCGGUGGAGGCUUUCCCUCGCGAAAGACUGGUUAAUUAUCUGUGCUAGUUUAAUCCUGGUAACAAUGGACCGUGCCAAAUGUCUUUGAAUUCACGUUGUGUCAGUUACAGGCUGCUGAAAUGCAGCUGGCUUGCCAUCACGCUGAAGAACCCAGCUCUUUUUCUUCCCUCCAUCUUCCCUGUUUAUAAUGUGGUGAGAUGGUAUUGGUGUGAUUAGACCGUACGUCUUGGCUGGGCCUAAAUAACACUGUGAUGUGUAUAGAUAUCUCUCCUCUGUCAGUAUCUUGUAGCCUCAGUCAUUGUCCGUCUGUGCUGACAGCUACGAAAUCAAGAAGCACACGUAUGCGAGUUAGCAGCCUAAAAAGCCCUUUAACACUCUCAUCUGUCUUCUUUCCCUUCCUCAGAGGAGGGAGUUUCUGGGAACUGGUCAAGAAAUAUCAAACUAAAGGCAACAGGAACUGGUUGAGCUGCAUGUCACAUCGAUGCCAGCUGAGCACCUUGCUGUUCAAACCACGGAGCUCAAAGCAACGCUAGUUGCAAAGGGAGACUUCCUGUCCAGUACAGCUCAAGUAGAUAAAAACCGAUACCUCCUUGCUUUUUUGUAUCACCAAAAAUGCCAUACGUGGUGAAGCCCACCGGAGGAUUGCCUGAUGCAAGAGUGAUGCCAUCACACUCCCUUCUGAGCCACAGAGGGCCUAAAAAUUACCAUUGCCAGUUGAACAGAACAGCUCUUUAACUCACAUGCACAAGAAGGACUAUCAAAGUUGCAUCUUGGUUUUCCCCUCCACGCUGCUUCCUGCAGCAAGGACAUGCCAGGGGGUUGAAGACUGCAUUCAGCUGCAGGGUCUUUAAGUUCAACAGAACAAGUUUAUGGUAGAAAACCAAUCAUUGGUACUGGACACUCGAGUUCUCGGGCGAUAUUUAGGAGCAGGCAUGAAGUCCAUCCAGAGCAGGUACAUUCCCAGUGGAGGAUUUCUCCUUUCCCGACUGCUAGGUCACCUUUACCCCGAGACCAAGGCUGGUCUCAGCAUUAUGCACCAGUUGCAUCCCUUCUGUGCUCAAGACAGGGCUUUUCCUUCCGUUGCCUUUCACUCAGUCACAACUAUAUCAAAACUAGCGCUGAAUUAGGAUGAAAUUUGUCCCAUUCACUUUAAAAAAAGGUAGCAUGUUGCGGUGAGUAGGGUAGGUGAGCAGGGGUAGAUCUACUGGAUAUCCAGGAGUGCUUGUGCCUCUUGGGAAGGUUCACUGUAAAACAUUAAUCCUGGGAAUGGAGAGUAUGACACUUUGGUUUUUUUUUAAACUGUCCCAGUGGCCUAAAUUGUUCCAUUAUGGCAAGACUGGAAAUAACUUCUUAAAGUGUCUUUGUUUCUGCACAUUUUUAAAAAAAAUCGAUUUUUCUCAGGGGUGACUGAGUGGGCUGAGGCAAAGGGGGCAUGGUUCGCUGCGGGGCGGUGGGACGGAGCAGCUCCCCAGUCCUGCAGCUGGGCCACGGGCUCCUCCCCUCGCGUUUGCCUGCAAACCCGGAGGUUUUGUACAGUUUGUCACGUGUCAGUGCCCUUUGCUACUGUUUCUCUUUGUUUAUUAAAUGUGUUUGAAUAACAGUUGAGAUGCUGUGAUUAAUUUUUUUUUUCAAUAAAGAUUCUGAAAUGGGUUUGAAAAGUU